AGAAGAAGAAGAAGAAGAAGAAGAAGAAGAAGAAGAAGAAGAAGGAUGGUAGAGAUCGAUUAGGACUUUGGGCUUGGCUGCAAGCCGCCUGUGGUUUUUCUUCAUUCAAUCAGAGCAUUUCUAACCCGCGAUGCCUCCCCGCAAGAGCUCCGCCAAGCAGCCACGCCGCAAGAACCCCGUCAAGCGGCCGCGCGGAAAGAGAUCUGUCAAGCAGGCAACCCAUUACGAGAUCCUCUCCGUGGAACCAAACGCGACCUACGAAGAAAUCUGCGCCGCCUACCUUUCUGCCACAACGAUCACGGAUUCCGCCGCCGAUGACGACGACGAGAAAUCCCUAGCAGUCCAAAAGGCAUUUCAAGUACUGAGCGACACCCAGUGGCGAGCCGAGUACGACGAAGAGCUCCCGGCGGCGAGGCGGAGGCGGAACGCCAGAGUCAUCGAAGAGAUCAAUCUGAUGAAUGUGGGGUUCAUGGUAGAUGUGAAAAGAAGACACGUCAUUGAGCUUCUUUAUCCGUGUUUGUGUGAGAGUUGUUACUCGAUCGAUUCCACAGAUUUGGCGAAGAUGGGAUACAAACUGUGCAGGGGAUUUGGCAGCGUGUGGUUCGAGGCGCCGGAGGCGGAGGAAGACGACGCGGACGACGAUCGUUGUAUGACGCUGGGUUCAGUUGUGAUGCCUUGCAAGUCUUGUUCUCUGGGAGUCCGGUUCACGAUUUAAAUAAGAAAGCUCUUGUGUGGUUUGCGAUUAAUGAUAUUGGUUGUUUUGUGGUUAG